AGCUGUCAGAUCAGCUGUUGUGGUCGCCAGCCCUGGUUUGGGAAAAUUUCACGGCCAACAACCGAAAUUCGCGGUCAAAAUUCGCGGAAGUGAGGUCUCUAGUUUUAUGUAAUGUUUAGGUGACGCGGAAUUAUCUCCUAGUACAGCGCUAAUUGUUCCACUCUGCCAUGUUCACAUACCACCUCGGGCUGGUGGUCCGCUGCGCGCGGCAGAAGCCGCUGUUCCUGUGGGCGCCCGCCUGCCACAUGAGUGGUCUCAGUCCGCUGAAGGAAUACGAAAAGCGUGUUAGUUCUGGCCAACUGAUGACCGACAACAGGCAGCUGCAGACGAUGAAGGAGCUGGAUGCACUGUACCACAAGAUUCAGGGGUAUAAACCCAGCUACAGGUCGGGCGGCGGUGGAGGCGGAGGAUUCUUCAGCUCUCUCUUCGGUAGGAAAUCCUCCCCCGAAGACGACGAUCAGGAUGAUCCUAACGCUGGCAGUCACGCUCCACAGGGCCUGUACCUGUACGGCAGCGUGGGAGUGGGCAAGACCACGCUGAUGGACCUGUUCUUCGAUUGCUGCACCCAGAUCGAUCGAAAGCAGCGCGUCCAUUUCACUUCGUUCAUGAACAGCGUGCACACCCGCAUCCAUGAAGCCAAGCAGCAACAGGGACCCGUUGACCGGGCCUUCAACUCUGAGAAGCCAGCACCCUUUGAUCCCACAAGACCGGUUGCCGACUUGAUCGCCAGCGAGUCCUGGUUGAUUUGCUUCGAUGAGUUCCAGGUGACGGACAUAGCCGACGCCAUGGUGUUAAAGCGAUUGUUUACUCACCUUUUCCGCCAUGGCAUUGUGGUUGUGGCCACCAGCAAUCGGCAUCCAGAGGAUCUGUACAAAAACGGACUGCAGCGCACGAACUUUCUGCCCUUCAUUGCGUUACUUCAGCGUCGCUGUAAGGUGUCCCAAUUAGAUUCCAUUGACUACCGACGGAUAGCCCAGUCUGGAGACACCAACUACUUCGUCAAAGGCCAAACGGAUGCGGAUGGCAGUAUGAAUCGCAUGUUCAAGAUCCUGUGCGCCGAAGAAAACGAUAUUAUCCGACCGCGGACCCUGACUCAUUUCGGACGAGAUCUGACCUUCAAUCGCACGUGCGGCCAGGUACUGGACAGCACCUUCGCGGAACUCUGCGAUCGCCCUUUGGCUGGCAGUGAUUUUUUACAAAUAUCGCAGUUCUUUCACACCGUCCUCAUCCGAGAUGUGCCCCAACUGACCCUCGAUGUGAAGGCUCAGAUGCGACGAUUUAUUACGCUCAUCGAUACCCUUUACAAUAACCGAGUGCGAGUGGUGAUAUCGUCCGAUGUUGCACUGGAAAAUUUGUUUAGCUUUUCUGGAGGUUCCAAAAGUCUAUCCGAUUCCGAACGGACCUUAAUGGACGACCUGAAAAUAAACGAAUCCAAAUCCAGUUUCUUCACCGGCGAGGAAGAGCUGUUCGCCUUCGAUCGCACACUAUCUCGGCUCUACGAAAUGCAGAAGCGGGAGUACUGGGAGCAGUGGGCCAAACAUCGAUGAAGCCCCAUGUCACAAAGCAGUAGUUCAAUUAGCGCUAUUAAAUUAUAUGUUUUCUACCUCGGUGUUGCGAAAUUUUUUAAAAUCCAGAAUAUCUUGUACUUACACCUUUCAUAUCAAAAAUGCAAUAUUAACAAGUAUUAAAGCAAUAAAAGUAGACAAAGUUA